UCGUGAAUUUACUUUAGUUUACGUGUUUAUUUGUGAAGAAUCUUCUAAAAUCAAGUAGCCAUGGGUCUUGACCUUCUUGGAUUCGCGUACGCCGCCACAGUUGCCGCUGGCGGCAUAAUGGGCUACGCUAAAGCAGGAUCUAUACCAUCACUGGGUGCUGGACUUAUCUUUGGAUCUAUUUUAGGUGUUGGAGCUUACCAGCUGAGUCAGAACCCAUCAAACUACGGACUAAUGCUGGGCACAACCACUACACUUGGAGGUCUUAUGGGUUACAGAUACUACAACAGCAGAAAGUUCAUGCCAGCAGGGCUUGUCUUCUGCCUGUCGGUCGGCAUGUUGGCUAGACUGAUUGUCAAGAACGUAAACUCGGCCUCCACUGCGGUCCCUGUCAAAUCCGGUUAAUACACUCACUCUAUUUUAUCCCUGACAUCUUGUGAAAUAAGUAGGU